CCAAGUAAAGUACUUGUACUUUAGAUUUUGUAUUUACACAAAUGAACGUACUUCUGAGCACAAAAUCAAAAUUUGUAUUUGUUUAAAUUCCUGUAACGUGUGCAUUAUGGGACUCGUAAAUUUAACUUCCAUUCUCAUUCUCGUCAUUGCAACUGGAGGUGGUCUCGUGGGCUACUUCUUUCUACGUGACGGGGAGUUGCCAACCCUUCCGGACGAGAAUUGGGGACUCGUUUCUUCCCAAGAAUUGCUCGAUGGAUCUAUUCGCAACUUUGCCAUAAAUAUCUCUGAGCAAGUUCUACAAGAUUUGAAGGCUCGGCUAAUCCUGGAAGUGAAGACAUUUGACGAGAGAGUGGAACCCUCCAUGGCAGGGACUGGAUUUCACUACGGAAUAAAUUCAAAGUUCCUCAAGAAUGUCUUGGACCACUGGUUGCACAAAUACGACUGGAGAAAGAGGGAGAAGGUGAUCAACAAGUGGCCUGGGUUUAAAACACGGAUUUCUGGGCUGGAUAUUUACUUUAGACACAUCAAGCCCACUAAGGAAACGACGCCGAAGAAGAAAGUGCUUCCACUUCUUCUCCUCCAUGGUUGGCCAGGCUCCUUUGUAGAACAUCAAAAAAUUAUUGAAUUUCUUGUGGAAGGAAAAAAUUCUGAUUUCCGAUUUGAGCUUAUAAUUCCGUCGUAUCCUGGAUUCCCGUUUUCUGAGGGUUCAAAGAAACCAGGAAUGGGAGCUACCGACGUUUCACUUAUUCUUCUCAAGCUGAUGAAACGUCUCGGUCAUGAACAAUUUUACGUCCAGGGUGGCGACUGGGGCAGCAUAAUCGGUAGCAAUAUGGCAACACUUUUCCAUGAAAACGUAUUAGGCCUCCACAUGACCAUGUGCCAUACAUUUCACCCUCGUUCGCUGUUCAAAUUCAUAGUUGCCCACAUAUUUCCAACUUGGCUAAUGGACGAAGACGAAGUUGCACAACAUUCUCCACUGUUUUAUAAAUGGCCAAUUAUAAAUAUGGUGAGGGAAACUGGAUACAUGCAUUUGCACGCAACGAAGCCUGAUACUCUUGGCGUAGCUCUUUCCAAUUCUCCAGGUGGACACGCUGCUUAUUUUUUGGAGAGAUAUUCCUGGUGGACAAACCAAACCUGGAUUGACUUGGAAGACGGGGGAAUAAAUUCGGCAUUCGACCUGGAUGAACUAUUGGACAAUAUCAUGGUUUACUGGGUGGGAAAAUCAAUCACGACGUCAAUGCGAAUGUAUCGCGAAACAUCUAACCUCCUCACUUCACAUUAUUUUGCUGUGGAAAGGGUCGCUGUCAAAGUUCCUGUGAGCUGCAUAAAUUUGGCUGGAGAACCGUAUACGCAACCAAAGUUUUCUUUGGUAGAAAAAUUUCCGAGGCUGAGGUACACAAAAUGGAAAACCGGUGGCCAUUUCAACCCCCUCCAGAUCCCAGAUGUAGUUGCAAAAGAUGUCAUUGAAGCAAUUAAUUUUAUGCAUAAAACUUAUACCUAAAAUCCCAAUAGACAAGAAAAUGAGUGGAUCUACAAUUUCUGACUGGUCGUUAAAGUUUUUCAAAUCCUUGAAUUGCGAAAGUUAUUUUAAUUAUGGAGUAGUUAUUGCCUUUGUUAAAACAGUGUGAAACGUGACAUUAAAUUUAUUAAAUUUUUGAGUUCA